AAAAAAAAAAAAAAAAAAAAAAAUCAAAGCAAUGGCCCCCAACAAAGACCUCUCCGGGCACAAGCUCCUCAUGCUGGUCCCCUGGGAGCCGCCCGCGGGGUACAUCGACUCGCUCCGCAAAUCCUUCCCGGGGCUCCAAGUAGUGCACACGAACUGGGACACCUGGCGGGAGACCAGCCUGCCGACGUCCCUCGCCGAGGCCGACUGGAAGGACGUGACGAUCCUCCUCACGGGCCCGAGGUUCCCGACCCGCGAGCAGGCGCCGAAGCUGCAGCUGGUGCAGCUGCAGAGCGCGGGCGCCAACUACAUCCUGGAGAACCCGCUGUUCACGGAGACGGAGAUCGCGUUUUGUACGGCGAAUGGGAUUCAUGGGCCUCAAAUCGCUGAAUGGAUCGUAUGCACGUUCCUUGCCUUCCAGCAUAGCAUCCCCCGAUUCCUCGAGUACCAGAAGAGCCACGAGUGGAAGCAUAGUUGGGAUGACUCGGACACACAGGAUGCCGUCCAUCAACGGGUCGGAAUCCUCGGGUACGGCAGCAUCGGCAGGCAAGUGGCGCGCGUCGUGAAAGCGAUGGGGAUGGAAGUGUACGCGUACACGAACCGGCCGCGACCGACGCCGGAGUCGCGGCGCGACCACUCGUACGUGGUGCCGGGGCUCGGGGACCCGGAGGGCGUGCUGCCCGCGAAGUGGUUCUCGGGCGCCUCGGCCUCGGACGUCGACGCCUUCCUCGGCGCGGGCCUGGACCUCCUCGUCGUCGCCGUGCCGCUGACGCCCCAAACCAAGGGGCUCAUCUCGGCGCCGCAGCUCAAGAUCCUGCAGGCGCGGAAGACGUUCGUCGCCAACAUCGCGCGCGGCCCCAUCCUCAACACGGCGGACCUCAUCGUCGCCCUCGACGAGGGCUGGAUCCGCGGCGCGGCGCUCGACGUCACCGACCCCGAGCCCCUGCCCAAGGACCACCCGCUGUGGGACGCGAAGAACGUCAUCAUCACGCCCCACGUGAGCGGGAACUCGACGAGCUACAAUACGCGCCUGUUGUCGAUUCUGGACACGAAUCUGCAGAGGCUGAGCGAGGGGAAGGAGGAGUACAUGAAUAAGGUGAGCAGGAAACGAGGGUAUUAGACUGUCUACUAGGUAGGUAGAUUGUCUGCCUGGGUAUGCUGAGGGAGAUAUAGAGGUUGGAGGUGGGGGGAGGAGGGCAAUAGAAUGAAAAAGCGGCUUGGAAUACCUAGAAAGGGGAAAAAGCUUGCGCAAAGAUCUGACUAUGCAUGUGUAGGUAGGUGCCUAAUGCGCCAUGGCUGAUUUCAAUCAAACAGACAUCUCAACCAGUGAAUGUGCCUAGGUUACAUAUGUAGAGAAGUGACUCAGAUAUGCAAUGCCUAUGUAAGCAGACGGUGGUCCGACUCGAAGCCCC